GGAAAGGUAUAGCUAGCUCCCUCUUUCUAUGUUUUGAACACUGUGUUCUUAGCUGUGCUUGGUUUUCUGGGUUGGGAUUUUGGGGUUGAUGGAGAGGCACAAGUGUAAGCUUUGCAUGAGGAGCUUCUCCAAUGGCAGAGCUUUAGGGGGUCACAUGAGGUCUCACAUGUUGAACCUUCCGAUUCAUCAGAAUCCAGAAGCAGAGGAGGAAGAUGCGCCGGUACAUGAUCAAAUGCUCGUUGAUGAAAUAGACUUGGUUUCAGCUUCUUCUUCUUCUGAUGAUGAUGAUGAAGAAGAACAUGGAGAGGAGGAAGAGGAAGAUGAGGAAGGCUUGUAUUACGGGCUUAGAGAGAAUCCGAAGAGGAGCAUUCGGUUAGUAGAUCCUGAGUUUUCUUUUGCUAUUGAUGCUGGGUCUGUUGUUCUUCACGACAGAGAGAGUGAGACUGAGUCGUCCAAGAACCCAACUCGGAGACGAUCCAAGCGGACUCGCAAAUCAGCCAUGUUUGAUCAUCUUCGUCAUCAAGUUCAUAAUCAAUACCAAGAAACCUUGAAGAAAAUUAAGCUGAAAAGCAAGAUGGAUUCUUGUGCUAAUAAUGUAGAGCCAGAACCGGUGAGUUCGAUUUCUGAUGCCACAACAGAGGAAGAUGUAGCAUUUUGUCUCAUGAUGCUGUCCAGGGACAAAUGGAAAAAACAAGACAAACAACAACAACAACAAGAGGAACAAGAUGAACAAGACGACGAUGUUGAAGUUGAAUAUAGAUCCUUGGACGAGAGUGAAGAAUCGGAGGAGCAACUGAUCAAGUUUCAAAGACCGAAAACUAGUCGAGGAAAGUACAAGUGCGAAACUUGCCAGAAGGUCUUCAAAUCCUACCAAGCUCUUGGGGGACACAGAGCAAGUCACAAGAAGAUUAAAGCCGCUGCGUCUGCUGCUAAUCAGAACCCGAAUCGCAUAGUUUACGAACCCGAACCAAACCCAGAAAUUCACUACAAUGCAGGCAGUUCAUUUGUAAAAACGCAUGAAUGCCCUGUUUGUUUCAGAGUCUUCGCAUCUGGGCAAGCCCUUGGUGGACACAAGAGAUCACAUGUGACAGGUUCAGCAGCCAUUAACAACACUCACCAUCAUACUCCUCCUAUGAAAAGUGUGGCAAAGCUUGGUGAGAAUAUGAUAGAUCUUAAUCUUCCUGCUCCAGUUGAGGAUGAUGAGAUGAGCCAAAUCGAGCUUUCUGCGGUUUCUGAUGCUGAAUUUGUGAACCCAAUUAGGAGAUGAAUUCAAGUGUCUGCUCCCCCAUUCAAGAUUUUUUCUUGUACACAUAUGAGAUGACUUUGAAUCAGAAACAAGUUCAUGCAUGACAGGAGGGAAGCUAAUUCCUCACCCAGCAACUGGACAACUCUGUCUCUCUCUGUCUCUGUCUCUAUCUGUCUUUUUACAUU